CCGCGCGCUCUCAGAACCCCGGGCUGCGCCAACGGGGCUGCGCGCCUGGGGAGGGGCCCGCCCCAGAGGGUCCCCCUCUUCCAGCAGACGGAGCCCCGCCCCAGAGGGACCCCCGGGUCCGGCAGGGACACCCCGCCCCGCCCCAGAGGGCUCCCAGCAUCCCGCCGCUGGAGCCCCGCGCCCCAGAGGAACCUCCUUGCCCAGCUGGGGGCUCUCCGCCCCGCUGAGAGGGCGCCGCCCGGGAGGGUCCCCGCGCCCCGCGGGUCCCGGCAGGAUGCACGCCGCCCUGGCGGGGCCGCUGCUCGCCGCCCUCCUCGCCACCGCCCGCGCCCGCCCGCAGCCCCCGGACGGAGGACAGUGCCGGCCGCCCGGAUCGCAGAGGGAGCUGAACUCUUUCCUGUGGACUAUUCGGCGUGACCCCCCCGCUUACCUGUUCGGCACCAUCCACGUCCCCUACACCCGCGUCUGGGACUUCAUCCCGGACAACUCGAAGGCAGCCUUCCAGGCCAGCGCUCGUGUCUACUUCGAACUGGACCUGACGGACCCCUACACCAUCUCAGCCCUGGCCAGCUGCCAGCUGCUGCCGCACGGAGAGAACCUGCAGGACGUGCUGCCUCGGGAGCUCUACUGGCGUCUGAAGCGCCACCUGGACUACGUGAAGCUGAUGAUGCCCUCGUGGAUGACACCAGCACAGCGGGGCAAGGGGCUGUACGCGGACUACCUGUUUAACGCCAUCGCGGGCAACUGGGAGCGCAAGAGGCCCGUGUGGGUGAUGCUCAUGGUGAACUCGCUCACGGAGACUGAUGUGCGCUCCCGAGGUGUGCCCGUCCUGGACCUCUACCUGGCCCAGCAGGCCGAGAAGAUGAGGAAGAGCACCGGGGCCGUGGAGCGGGUAGAGGAGCAGUGCCACCCGCUUAAUGGGCUCAACUUCUCCCAGGUGCUGUUUGCCCUGAACCAGACCCUGCUGCAGCACGAGAGCGUGCGAGCAGGGAGCCUGCAGGCACCCUACACCACGGAGGACCUCAUCAAGCACUACAACUGUGGGGAUCUCAAUGCUGUCAUCUUCAACCACGACACAUCCCAGUUGCCCAGCUUUAUCAACACCACCCUCCCACCGCACGAGCAGGUGACCGCACAGGAGAUUGACAGCUAUUUCCGCCACGAGCUCAUCUACAAGAGGAAUGAGCGGAUGGGGAAGAGGGUCAUGGCACUUCUGCGGGAGAACGAAGACAAGAUCUGCUUCUUUGCCUUCGGAGCAGGUCAUUUUCUGGGAAACAACACAGUCAUUGACGUCCUCCGGCAGGCGGGGCUGGAGGUGGAGCACACGCCCGCAGGGCAGACCAUCCACAGCCCUGCCGCCCGGAGCCCCGCACCUCCACCCGAGGGGACCUCGGCAAGCCCGGCCCCGGUGACCCCAGCCGCCGCCCUCCCCGCAGUACCCUCGGCAACCCCCACCGUCCCGCCUGAGGAGGAGGACCCAGCCCUGUCCCCACACCUCCUGCUCCCCGACAGCCUCAGCCAGCUGGAGGAAUUUGGGCGGCAGAAGAAGUGGCACAAGAGGCAGAACAAACACCAGCGGCCGCGACAGUUCAAUGACCUCUGGGUCCGCAUCGAGGACAGCACGGCCGCCUCGCCACCCCUGCUGCCCCUGCAGCCCACGCACAGCUCCGGGACCGCAGGGCCACCCUUGCAGCUCUCAGAGCGGCUUCAGCAGCAGGAAGAGCAGGGGCCCACCGGCAGCUCAGCGCCCCACUGCCUACAGUCUGCCCUGGGCCUCCUCCUUGCCAUCCUGGCCAGCAUCACAGCCUCCCUCCUUCUGCACACCCUUGGGCCCUCCUGACCUUGGUCACCAGUGCAGAGAAGCCAGAGAAACCACAGGAGGGUCUGCGGCCACACCCCACUGCCCGUGCCACCACCUCCAGGGUGCCCGACACCGUGGGCAGUCCAGACGGGAUCCGUUAGAACAUUAGAGCUUUAUCGUACCCGAGUUACAUCUUCUUUUUUGUAGAAGGAUCUUAAUUUCCCAUAGUGCUAUGGGGCUCUUUUGUAAAAUAUGUGUCCAUAUUAAAAAAGAAAAAUGUAUUUAUUCUACCGAUAAAACUAUUUUUAUGUGGCCUAUGUUAACCCUUUAAUUAGCCCCAACACCAACCCAGGAAGGGAACCCAGGCUGUCAGGACACCUGCAACCUCAUGCAGACCGUGGCUUUUAACCGGCUUGCUCCUAGAUCGGCAGAAGCCUCCAGUGCCUCGGCUUGGCUUCUCCCGCCACGGGGUCCUCAGAGAGAGGGGCAGGCAGACAGGCUUAGCUUUUGUGAAGCUGGAUUGGGGAGCCAGAGAUGUGAACGCCGACGAUCCUUCCCUCCCGUGGAUGCAUCCUAGGGUGGGAAGAUACUUUAGGAAAAGAAUGCUGCUAUUUUGAAAACCCUGAGUGUCUGUGAACUGGCCCUCCAGAGUUCUUGGUAAGUGUUUUGACCAAAGCACAGGAGGAGGGGAAGGAUGUUGGCGCUGAGGGAGGUCAUCCCCCAGCCCUAUGUGUCAAAUGGUUACAUUGAGAUCCAAAGAGAGGAAGGUGGUUGCCCAAGGUCAUGCAGCAAGUGGGAGGUCCAGGAUGUGAAUCCAGACCUCUCUGUUCUGGCAUCAUUCAUCUUCUGUAAGCUUGGCUUACAGAAGAACCUGUUGGAGUCAUAGCCAAACAGAGUGAGCUGGGCCAAAGGACAGGAGUGGGCAUAGUAGGGACAGGGGCUCUAGGAGUUACAUGGUAAUAAUAACCCUAAUGAAGGCCACCAUUUAUCCAAAGACUGCAUCGUGGCAGGCACUUUGCACACUCACUUUAUCACUGAUCCUCAUGCCAGUUCUGUGAAAUGUGAUUGUCCCCAUUUCACAGAUGAGGAAACUGAGCCCCUCAAAUAGAUCAACAGACUUGCUCAAGGUCACUUAGCUGGGACAUGGCCCCAGAUCAGUGUGAUUCAGAAACAAUGCUUGUCCCUGGGCCAUAUUUUGCCAUGUUCUCUCUGCACAGAGAAGCUUCAGGGAAGGCAGAUCUCACCCAAAUGGGGCAGCACAAGCUUCUUGCUCCAGCCAAAGAGACCACUUGGCCACAGUCACUCAUGUUGGCCCCUCUGAACAAAGGACUCUAGCAACAGCCUGUGCCACAUGUCUCAUGCCCCAACUUGUCUUAUCUCGGAGACAAUGAGAGGCUUUCCUAUCAAAUGAGAGGCUGUGGGGUGGGGAGUCAGGGAGGCAGAGCAGCCAAAUGAGGCAGGCAGGAAACUGAGACUCAGAGAGACUGACCUCCCUCCUCUGCCUCCAAGGCGGUAGCUGAGAAAGCAGAGGACUGAGGUUAGCUGCCUUCCAGCCCUAACUCCUCACAGACUUUGGGAACCUGAGAGCAGAAAGGGCCCCUCAUUUGACAGAUAAUACCAGUAAAAGUAAUAUGGAGUCCCAAGUCUGCUGACACCGAGCCCCGUGCUACACAGCAUCACCGCACCGUGGGUUUUCCUGGCAGGCCUGGCAUUGGCUGAUUAGACCCAAUGCCGUUAUGCCCAGUCCAGCAGCUGUCUCCCUCCUGAGAUGGAAUUCUGGGCAGCUUAUUGGAUGGUCAGAAGUGCCAUGAGCAUCUAGGCCAGCAGCUAAAUUCUUUUCAUCUCAGCCCUGGAUGGACGUGUUUGAGCUUGAGAUCUGGCAGAAGCCCCAAGAUCUGCUUCAGAGGGUCCAGCCGGCCCCAUGGGCACCACACUAUAAACUGAACUUGACCCCAACCAGGGCUGGAGUCCGUUUAUCUUUGGCAGAAAUGUGACUUCCUAUUUCUGAGCGGGAAAGGGCUUAGCUGACUUAUAAAGCAGGCACAGAAGGCCUGUUGGACAUCAGACAGAUCGUGCAGAGCACUCUUUGGAUGAGAUAAGUGUAAAGGAAUUAGAAAUACAUAGGCCAGAUUUCCCUCUGUUCAGGGCAGAGUGUGGCAUGAGAUGCACCGAGAUAGAGCUUGAGGUUAAUUAAAGAUGAAGCAUUUGGGUAAACAGUCCAGGUACCUGACUACAUGCCCAGAUCUGUGCCAGGCACGGGGCCAAAGAGGUAAAUUAACACAGUGUGUGACUAUCGAGCACACACAGUGCCAGGCUCUGUGCUGGGGCCUAAUCUAUGCACCUUGCCUGUCCCGGAGGAACUCCUCAUCAUCGCGAUGGAACAAGCAGACCAGUCCUACGUUCCUAGAAGCAACUUUAGAGGUUCUCCUAUCUAGGCCCCUGACCACAGACAGACUCAGCCUUCACCUUCCCCAGAUCCCUCCUCUGGACAGACUGGGAGAUUCCAAACUUUCCCUCAAGCAAGCACUCAAGUGUUUAGAGAAAGAUGGAUGUCGGCAGAAGGGUAGGCGGGCUGAUUAGGUAGGCAUGUGCUAACGGGACAGGCCAGAGCCCAUGUCGACCCGACAUCUACAGCCUAAGUUCACUGAUCCCUGAGGCCCACCCACCGGCCAGGGUUUGAAAUGAACUGAGCUUGCUGACUUAUGUCCCAGAAGACCUGAGGCAUCUGUGGAAAUCCGCUUAGCUGGGGCACUGGAAUUCUCUCAUCCUGAGCCAGGGAACCACCACUCCAUCAGUAGCCACUUACACACUUUGCACGAUCUGUCCACCACUGCUGACAUUUUUUUCCGGCACGUUCUACGUGUCUAGCCUCAUAAAGUCCCCUGUUGCUCUGAGAGCAUCUGUGUACCUUUCUUACGGCUUUUGUGUUUGACCUUCAGGUGGCAGAGAAGAUGGAAGGACUGAGACCCAGUGGGUUAAGUGACCUGUCUGGGGUUAGGCAGCAUGUUAGUGGUGGCCCUAGGUCCCCUGUGUCUCAGGAAAACUGACCAAAUGACCCAGGGGCGUUCGGGGAGCUGUCAGCAUGGCUAUGCACUUCUGGUUUUCCUCCAGGCUGCUCUGGUGCACCAGCAGCCAGGUGAAGGCAGGGAGAACGGAGACGUUAGGCUGCCAGGAGCUGCAAAGGGCCACCAAGGGCCCCUCCAACACUGAGAUUCAAAGAUCUGGAGUCUAUGAAGCGUGGAAACUUGCACUGACUGGAAAGUUUACCUUUGCACCAAAUAACCAUGAGCUGAUUUUUCUCAUAUGAAAUGCUCUGUCAUCUCCUGCACAGCCUCAGCUAGACUUGGGCAAGCCUCAGGGCUCAGGACCCUUGUUCUGCCUGCCCAGUCUCCAGCCCGGUGCCGUUGUCACAAUGGAUCCCAAAGAACAGUCCUCCACCACAAGGAAAGUUUGUGAAAACCACCUGGAAGGCCAAGAGAAGUUCCACCUGGGCAUUGCAGCUUUGAUGGUAUCCUGUGUGGUGAGAACAGAACUGGGGCUGGUGAUAGCGAGUGUGGGGUAAGAACGGAAGCCCUCGGCCUGGCCUUCCAGACCCUCUGUGAUCAGACCCUGCUGACUCUGCCAGCCAUCCUAUUUGUCAUUUCUAGAAUAGACAGAUGUUUCCUGGACCUGGAAACUCCCUUAUCUUUCCCCAGAUCCUCAUUUUUUGACGAUUAACUCAGAUAGCACUUCCUCCAGGAAGCCCCCUAUGAUUCUUCUGUGUUUUUUUCACAUCACAACACCCACUGAUUAGUGUUGAAACUGUGUAAUAGUGUACCUGCUCUCCUAUCAGACUGUGAGCUCCUUGAUGGCAGGGGUCACGUAAAUUCAUCUUUGUAUCCUCGUCUGACAUGAAGGGGGCACUCAGGAGAUGUGUAGAGAGAGAAGGAGGAUGAAAGGAAUGAAGAGAGGAAAGGAGAGAGACGGACCUUAGCUCUGCUAGAGGAAUAAUCUCUACAAAGCCAAAGCUGUCCCCUGCAGGUGGUGAGUUUCCUAUCAGAAGAGGUGUGAGCAGGGCAGUAGGCCCGCUGGCUGGAGAUGUGGCAUGAGAGCUGAAGUCUUGGCAAGAGACUGGUGUAGAUGACAUUGAGGGUCCCUCCUGGCUCUGUAAUGCUCAGGUUCUUUGAACAUUGUUAUUUUUCCAAAAAUUAAUCUAAGCAGCCAAAAAUAUCACCCGGGCUGGCCGUCUAAACCAGUAGGGUUCAGGAAUCAGUCCAGCCUCACACCCCCGUUCUUCAGCAGCCCAGCCAGGCCUGAUGUGAAUUGGCAGGCCUGCCUGCUACCCUAAGGCAGGGGGUGCUGCGGGUGGUGGGGGAGGGCUGGACUGGAACCCAGGGCCCCUGACCCCAGCCUGGAGCUGCUUCCCUCCCUGCUCUCGAGCAUGUGGGGAGGGAAGAGAUGGGCCGUGAGGACUGAUUGAUCCCCUACCUGGCCCUUUCUGGGGAGCAUCAACCCACCCUCGGAUCUCCCCAUCCUUUAUCCAAACGUUGGCUCUUCCUCUCCAGAGGUGCUCUGGAUACUCCUUCACGUUGCUGGGUGACCUUGGGCAAGUCUCUGCUCCUUUCUGAGCCUCCAUUUCCUCAUCUGUUAAAUGGAGACCUAGUUUCCUGCCUGUGCUGUUCUAGCACGCAGGAGUGCUGUGUGCAAUUUCAGGGCCCCAUGAAGGUGAGGUGCCACUGCCCUCUUGGCUCAGCGAUCGGCUUUCCUCCCAGGCCCCACGGGCCGCUUUGGGAUUGGGACUAUGUCACAGGCAGGAAAGGUGGUGGAGUAGCGUGCCUUAAGGGUUGCUCCGUCGCCAGACCCACUGCAGGCAAAGUGGGCUUUGGAUGGGACCCGAGUCUCAGACAUUUCCAGCGAGGCUGUGGGAUGUCUUCGGCCCCAGUGGCUGGGGCAGCAGGGCCUGACUCCUGGCCAAGGGAGGUCCCAGCUCAGAGGAGAGGCAGACAGAACUGCCCCAUUCCCAGGCCUCAAAGAGAUUGCAGAAAGUCCCCUGCUGACUCAUUAUGUGACACAAGCUUCAGCUCUUAAUGUAUUUGAAAGAUACUGGUGAUGUUGUUCUUGUAACCACCUCUUCCCCUCACCUCUGUGAUUUAUCAUGAAGAGUCCUUUAAGAAUACAGAAGACAAAGAAAGAUGCUAUUAAUGUUAUUUUGCCAAAAAUAUUUUUGUAGCAUAAUAUAUUAAUAAAAGACAUUAUGAACUCCG